AUGAACCAACGGCUGUUGAACACUGCUUGCCCAGAAGAGUCAAUAUGGUCGCCGCUGGGCGAGAACACCUUCCGCCAAGUUGCCGUGGAACUAGCGUUGGCUACGGGUGAGUGCCCAUGGGAUGCGGACAUCGGACUCAUACCACUUAACGGCAAACAGCAGGCCGACUUACUCCCUGAGUCGGUCUUGCCACUGAACCAGAAGCUAUAUCGUUCGCUGUAUAAGCUGCCGUAUACAAUUGAGGCGCGUUUGGCGAGUGACUGUGCUUUCAUUGCCGCAAACCAGGAGGCCGUGUUCAGCGUCACUGCUGUCUGUAUUGAGCAGAGCCUUGACUCAGAUGGCCAUCUCACUGGACUUACCCUGCGCUUUGCCGCGAACGAAGGCAUUAACGACGAGCUAAAAGGCUCGAUGCAAAGCAUUUUGCAAGCUCUAUCAUGUUCGGCCAUUACUAGAGAUCAGGCUGUAGACGUCGUUUUCGCGCAGAUUGUCUCCCUUAACCGAUCAAGAGUAUUGCAACGGGUUCGGAAGGCUGUAGGCCACCCACCGAUAUUCCGGGAGAAGGGGAGAACCAGAACCAACCCGGACGACAGACUGCUCCGCGCUUUCCAGAGGAUGCAGAAAUCAAAGCUCACGAGCGCCGGUCAUCGACUGAUCGAGCGUGGUCUGGAGGUGAAUGCGUCCCUGCUAGCAUUUCUGAAGGACAUCACUAUCGAAGACACACAGCACGGAACAGAUGACGUACUUCAUCGUUUACAAGACAUUUCCCGGAAUUGCUAUGAAGUCACGACGGACAAGGGAAGGACACCGUUCAAGGAGCUGCUUGUGGAAAGCGGCCUGAACGCCCAUCUCUGGCUCAAAAGCAAAUACGUUGGUGAAGUUGACAAGAUCGGCGCAUACUGGAGGAUAGCGAACUCCCUGGUCGAGAUAUUCCAAUGGCUACACAGUCAGAGAGAGCCGGGUCUAGGACCCCUAUCUCUGGCUAUGGAGGUUGUCCAGCCCUACGUGUCUGUGACGAGGGAGCCCUCUAUUCAGGGUCGUCCAAUGCGGGUCUACGUCCAUGCAGAGAUCCAGCUCCUUUGCCAUUAUCUCGAAAUGGAAAGGCAGAGUGACGUCGCGGGGUCAAGGGGUCCAAGAUCAGGGCACACCACAAACCUACCACCACGUGUAGUGGGCGCCUCGAAGAGUGCCUGCUUCUUGUGCUUUCUAUGCUUAAAGUCUCAUGGCGGCCUGAUCCCGCCCCCAACCCAUGGCAGACUUUACGACCAGUGGACGAUUCCAGACCUCGCAGAGUACGCCCCUCAGCAGGUACAAGCGCUGCGUCAGACCAUUGCACGUAUGAGCGAUGCCAUGAUGCGCAUCAGAGCAGAAUACUCCCUGAAACGGCAGAGGGACCACCCUAUGACAAGCCGAGUGGACAUUGACCGGCUUUCCGUGUUCCCUCUGCAUGACGAGGAGGCUUCCACUCUUGAGGCUGGGGCAGAUCGGAAUUUGACGAAUGAUAAUGGUUCAAUGGUAGAUGAAACGCAGCACCAGACAGCGGUCAAGGCAUCAUCGAGGCAGAACGACGACAAGUUGUCCUCGCCGGCAGAGGAAUCGACAGGUCACUCUGUCAAGUGUGGUUUUCGGCACCUUUCAGCGCUCCUGCAUUCAAUUCGAACUGCGCUCGGCAGAAUGACAGCUCGCAAGAGUCCUCGUCGUGAAGACAAUCUUCAUGAAGUUGCGGCAACUUGA